AUGGCAACUUCGCGGUUCUCUCAGCUCCUCUCUGCAAGAGGCCUGGUUGCUGCGGGUCUCUCUUUCGUCGGGGGUUGGUACUGCAGACAAACUCUCGCGGAUGUUUCCCGCCCUCCCCCGCGUGCAACGCCCGCGUGUGUUUCUUCGACUGGUUCAGCUUUGUCAGCUUCUCCUUCAGCUUCGCCUUCAGCUUUUCCUUCCGCUUCUUCGCACCAGGCUGUGGUUUCUGGAGGGACGAGAGGGCGAGGGAGAGAAGGGCCCUCUGGUUGCCGUGGUCUCUUGGUCACGCGCCGAAUUGUCGUGCCGCUGAGGGAAGUCGAAGAAUUUGCGGAUUUGCUGAACGCCCUGGCGAACUACAACACUCGACAAUAUGGUUUUCUUUCUCACUCCAUCUAUGUCCACGAAGUAACUGCUUCGCCCUCGUCUUCUGCUUCGUCUUCUGGCGGCGAAGGAAACGAGGUCGUGGCGCUGGAGAUUUUGGUGUUUGAAGAGUGGGCUGAUCCGCUGGCAGCCAAGGCCGCUUUGAAGUCGGCAGAAAUCAAGAACAGCAUGGAACAAGCGAGGAGGCGAGGCUGGGACUUGAGAGGGGAAGUAUGGGUAGGUCUCGCGGGAACAAAUGCCCGCCUACAGAAAGCAUAG